GUGCUGAACCUGGGAGACACCAGAGGAAGAUGAUGGAGACCUGCUGUGUGGCGUUGCUGUUCAUCGGGGUGGUCACAGCGGCCCCCACAGCAGUGGCUCCUUCCGUCACCUAUGACCAGGCGAUCGCCUCUGCCAUUGACACCUACAACCAGGAGGAGAAGCCCGAGUAUGUGUUCCGCCUGCUGGAAGCUGAGCCCCAGCCGGAUUGGCAAUCUACUGGUGCAACCACCCAGUCACUGAAGUUCUCCAUCAAAGAGACCGUUUGUCGUUCGUCCGACCAGGUGGAUGCCUCCAACACCCAGUGUGACUACAAUCCAGAUGGGGUUGACAGGGACUGCUCUGGAUUCUUUUCACCUCAGCAAAGUCCACCCACCAUUAUUGUCCAGUGUGAGGAUGUGCAGCAAGAGCUGAAUCGCAUCACAAGGCUCGCUGGAGGAGAUUCUGGGAAGGUGCUAAAAAGGUGUUGAAGCGUGGUGCGACUAUUGUCCUAGCAGCUCUAAAAAAAGUAGGAUAGUGUCCCAGUGAAAAAGGAUGUCCAGCUGUUCCCCGCCUGACUGUUCUUGCUGCUAUAGCUACACAACGAAGAUACCCGGAAAUUCCGGUGUGGGAGUCCUGCCCUGCUUCUUUACACUGUUUCUCCUUCGCUUCUUGUCCAUCCGGUGUUUCAUCUGUCUUCAUUGUAGAAUACAGAAUAUUUUAUUUACAGAAUAAAAUGCCCUUUGAACGAAAUCGUGUCGUGAAAUGCUUCCCCCCCUCCCAAGGUUAAAUGGUAUUUGCCAGCAGUCUCUGAACUUUGAUGAAGGGCAAGUCCACCAACCGAGGGCCAUUCUGCGUGGCACCUUCUGCGGUUUGCAGAAGCCAACGUUCACAAUGCCACAUUCUGAGCCAUGUCAGUGCAGCAGCAGAACCAGCUUUUGCUUUUAGUGUUUUUACAUCAUUUGAAGUGCUACGUGCCAGGUGCUCAAAGUAAGGCCGGACCUGAUGCCUAUGUACACCAGUUGCUGGGGAACACCAUGUACAUGCACCAUGUACAUUGAUGGUGCUAUAUAAAUAAAUUAAUAAUAAUAAUAAUAAUAAUAAUAAUAAUAAUAAUAAUAAUAACAUGGAUGGGAGGGUGGAAAUGUUGUGAGCACCAACCAAAAGAAGAAGAAACCCAGGGGGCACUGCUUGGGCUGAGAGAGCCCUGGACAAGGUGGGCUGCCAGGGAACCUGCCCUAUCCCAACCCUGCUUCUCUGCUGCCACCACCACCAACCUUUCUUUCCUGCUCUGGUCUUCCACUUUUCACCCUCCUCACCCCCAACUUCAUAGAAUCAUAGAAUAGCAGAGUUGGAAGGGGCCUCCAAGGCCGUCAAGUCCAACCCCCUGCUCAAUGCAGGAAUCCACCCUAAAGCAUCCCUGACAGAGGGUUGUCCAGCUGCCUCUUGAAAGCCUCUAGUGUGGGAGAGCCCACAACCUCACCCGGCAACUGAUUCCAUUGUCGUGUUGCUCUAACAGUCAGGAAGUUGUCGUACUGCUCUAACAGUCGGGAAGACUUACCCAUCAGUAUCAGAAAGGGUUUCCCUUAUUUUCAUUUUUUUUUAAAAAAAUAAAAAAUUGGUCCCAUGGCAGACCAAGGAGUAAAAAUGCCGACAUUCUUCCCUCUAGCCAGCGGGAGGGACAAGCUAGCUGUGAGUGAAGAACUGUAAAUGGACUGUUUGUUCGCUGCUUGGAAGCUAAUGAUUUUCAGCCGGGGCAAAAGAAAAAAAUUCCCUGCCUGUAAACUGGAAGUAACUUUGGAAUUACUGUCUUCUGUCUACAUCCCCACGGCUCUUGAUGGCAUGCGGCGACUUGAAAGACUGUACAUCUGAGGAAGUCUGAAAUAAUGGCGAAACGGGAAAUAUAACCGGAAUUCUGUUAAAAUAAUUAAUAGCUUAGUACAUUAGAAAUACAAUUCAGUCUGUUGUUAUAAUUUUAUUGUUAAGAUAUCAAAAAAAGCAACCUAUUGUCUUAUGUUUUGUCAUCUCUACAAUUUUGUAUGACUGGUUCAGAUAUCAAAAAAAGUAACUUAUUGCCUUACGUUUUGUCAGCUCUACAAUUUUGUAUGAUUGAAUUGUUCAAAUUGAUAUAAUUACAUAAAAUAGAAGUCAUUAUUUUGACUCUCGUUACUACU